AUGUUAAUUUUCUCCGUCUUCAAAACGCUGACCGACCAACGUGUCACCGUUGAACUCAAGAAUGACUUGUCUAUCACAGGGACGUUGAAAUCCGUUGACCAGUUCUUGAAUAUCAGACUGGAUGCUAUCGAAGUGUUGGACCAAGGGAGACAUCCACACAUGAUGGCCGUGAAAAAUUGCUUCAUUCGAGGAUCGGUCGUCAGAUACGUGCAGCUUCCUUCCGAACACGUCGACACACAACUGUUAGAGGAUGCAACACGGCGCGGUGCGAUUGCUUCUGUCAUCAGCAGAUGA